AUGUCUCCGGGCCGCGCGCACCUCUGGGUGCUGCUGGCUCUGGGCGCCAGCCUGGCGGGCUGGGGCGUCCGCGCGGGCCCUGCGGGGGUGCUCAGGCAGUUCUACGUGGCGGCGCAGAAGAUCAGCUGGACCUACCGUCCGGAUCCCCCAGACCCCAGCUUGAAUUCUUUUACACCUUCCUUUAAGAAAAUUGUCUACAGAGAGUAUGAACCAUAUUUUAAGAAAGAAAAACCACGAUCUAGCAUUUCAGGACUUCUUGGGCCUACUUUAUAUGCUGAAGUUGGAGACAUCAUGAAAGUUCACUUUAAGAACAAGGCAGACAAGCCUGUAAGCAUCCACCCUCAAGGAAUUAAGUACAGUAAAUUCUCAGAAGGUGCUUCUUACUCUGACCACACAUCUCCUGUGGAGAGGAUGGAUGAUGCAGUGGCCCCGGGCCAAGAGUACACCUACGAGUGGGUCAUCAGUGAGGACAGCGGGCCCACACAGGAUGACCCUCCAUGCCUCACACACAUCUAUUACUCUUAUAAGAAUCUGACAAAGGACUUCAACUCAGGGCUGGUUGGACCUCUUCUCAUCUGUAAGAAAGGCACCCUAACUGAGGAUGGGACUCAGAUGAUGUUCGACAAACAAUUUGUGCUGCUAUUUGCCGUGUUUGAUGAAAGCAAGAGCUGGGACCCAUCACCAUCUCUAAUGUACACGGUCAAUGGUUAUGUGAAUAGAACAAUGCCAGCUAUCACAGUCUGUGCCCAUGACCACAUCAGCUGGCAUCUCAUUGGAAUGAGCUCCGGGCCAGAAUUGUUCUCCAUUCACUUCAAUGGCCAGGUCCUGGAGCAGAACCAUCAGAAAGUUUCCACCGUCACUUUGGUCAGUGCUACGUCCACUACUGCCAACAUGACGGUGAGCCCAGAGGGAAAGUGGACCAUAUCUUCUCUCAUCCCUAGACACUUUCAAGCUGGCAUGCAGGUUCACAUUGAUAUUGUGAACUGUCCAAAGAAGACCAGGAAUGUUAAGAAACUAACCCUUGAACAGAGGAGGUACAUCAAGAGGUGGGAAUACUUCAUUGCUGCCGAGGAAGUCAUGUGGGAUUAUGCACCUAUAAUACCAGCAAGUAUGGACAAAAUAUACAAAUCUCUGCACUUGGAUAAUUUCUCAAACCGAAUUGGAAAACAUUAUAAGAAAGUUGUUUACAGACAGUACCAAGAUGAGAGCUUCACCAAACGCAUGGACAAUCGGAAUAUCAAUGAAAAUGGGAUUCUGGGCCCCAUUAUCAGAGCCCAGGUCAGAGAUACACUCAAGAUUGUGUUCAAAAAUACGGCCAGUCGCCCCUAUAGCAUUUACCCUCAUGGAGUGACCUUCUCUCCUUACGAAGAGGAAGUCAACUCUUCCUCCACCUCAGGCAACCACACCAUGAUCCGAGCAGUUCAGCCCGGGGAAAUUUAUACUUAUAAAUGGAACAUCCUUGAGUCUGAUGAACCUACAGACAGUGACGCCCAGUGUUUAACCAGGCCUUACUACAGUGAUGUAGAUAUCACCAGGGAUAUUGCCUCUGGCCUCAUAGGGCUUCUUCUGAUUUGUAAGAGCAGAUCCUUGGAUAUGCGAGGCAUACAGAGGGCAGCGGACAUCGAGCAGCUGGCUGUGUUUGCUGUGUUUGAUGAGAACAAGAGUUGGUACAUUGAGGACAAUAUCAAUAAGUUCUGUGAAAACCCUGAAAUGGUGAAACGGGAUGACCCCAAGUUUUAUCAAUCAAAUAUAAUGAGCACUAUCAAUGGCUUUGUGCCCGGGAGUAUAACUACUCUAGGGUUCUGCUAUGAUGAUACUGUCCAGUGGCAUUUCUGCAGUGUGGGGUCCCAGGAUGAUAUCUUGACCAUUCACUUCACUGGGCACUCAUUUAUCUAUGGAAAGAGGCACGAGGACACCUUGGCCCUCUUCCCCAUGCAUGGAGAGUCUGUAACUGUCACAAUGGAUAACGUUGGAACUUGGAUGCUGAUGACCAUGAAUUCCAGUCCAAGAAACAAAAACCUCUGGCUGAGAUUCAGGGAUGUUAAAUGUAUCGGUGAUGAUGAUGAAGACUCAUAUAAGAUUUAUGCACCUCCAGAAGUAUCAACACCCAUGGAUGUACGGAAAAUAAAAUUUCCUUCAGAAAAUGAACAUGAAGAAAUUAAUCCAGAUGAUGAUUACCAAGAUGAUCUGGCUUCAGCAUUAGGACUGAGGUCAUUCAGAAAUUCAUCCCUGAAUCAAAAUGAAGAUGAAUUCAAUCUUACUGCCCUUGCUCUGGAGAACAGCUCUGAGCUCAUUUCUCCAAGUACAGAUGUAGCUAUAGGCUCCAAUUCAUCAUUCGCGAGAACUGUUGUGAAUAACAUCACAGAACCUCAGAAAACCCUUCCUCAUGUAGAAGCCUCAAUAGCUGUUCACCUCCUGGAACACUUCAGUGGCUCAGACGAGAACCCUGUUGUUAAUUCUUCCACAAAAGAGUAUUCCAGCCCAUAUUCUGAAGACCAGAUAGAAGAGCCCGAACAGUCAGAUGUCACAGAGAUAAGCCUAUUAGGUGCAAAAAGAUUCAGAGACAGAGAACAUGCUACACACAAAGCAGCCAGAAAAAACAGAAACCAACUAAGAAAGCACAGGUUAUCCUGGAUGAAAUUACCAGCCCAUAAAACUCAGAGACAUUCAAACCAAGACAAUACUUCUUCAAGAAUGGGAACCUGGGAGGAUCUUCCCAGUGCUCUAUUACUCCUAAAACAAAAAAAUCCAUCAAGGAUUUUGGAUGAACAAUGGCAUGUGGUUUCUGAAAAAGGUAGCUAUGAAAUAAUUCAAGAUAAUGAUGAAGAUAUGGCUGUUACAGAGCUACUUAACAGUCCCCAGAAUGUCUCCAGGACUUUAAAAGAAAACAACCAACCUGAAAACAAGCCAGGAGAGCACAGCGACCACUCAAAGUAUUCUGGAUUUAGACCUAGAUCUCUACACGUAAGACAAGGUGGAGAAAAUGGCGAGUUGAAGAAAAUACCAGUUUUCAUUAAAACACGGAAAAAGAAAAAGGAACCAAAGAUUGCACAUCAUAUUCCUUUCUCUCCAGUGGACAUUCACUCCCUCAAAAGAGCACACUACACCAGAUUUUCAGACAAGAGACUUAAACAUUCAUUGUUACUGCACAAGUUAAGUAAAACAUCUCUUCCCAUAGACCUCAAUCAAACACUCCCCUCUAUCAGUCCUGUCCAGAUAGACUCACUUCCUGUCCACAAUCUGAGCCUAACAAGUAACACUGGUCAAACAAACAUUCCUCCAGAUCUUUCUCAGACAGUGGCCCCAGGGGAAUACAAUCAAACAUCUCUUAUUCAAGACCCUGUUCAAAUGCACUCCACUACAGACCGCAGUCAUAGGUCUUCUCCCACAGGGCUCAGCCAAAUUGUCAGCUAUGACUUAAACCACGAGUUACACCCUGUUGACACUGGUCCAUUAUUAUCCCAUGCCCAGGAACAUGAAGCUUGGCAGAUGACUACCUUUUCAGGGCUCAGUCAAUCAUCCUCUUCUUCAAGACAAGGUCAGAUGACCUCUUCCUCAGACCCCAGGCAGAUGACAGUCUCCACAGACCUUGGUCAAAUGCCCCUUUCCCCAGACCUUGGUCAGAUGCCCCUUUCCCCAGACCUUGGUCAGAUGCCCCUUUCCCCAGACCUUGGUCAGAUGCCCUUUUCCCCAGACCUCGGCCAGAUGCCUCUCUCCCCAGAAUUUGAUGAGACCAGCCUUUCUCCAAACUACAGUCAGAUGACCUCCUCCCCAGAACUCAGCCAGAUGCCUCUCUCUCCAAAACUUGAUGAGACCAACCUUUCUCCAGAUCUCAGUCAGAUGGCUAUCUCUCUAGAACUUGGUGAGACGAGCCUUUCUUCAGACCUCAGUCAGAAUCCUCUCACUCCAGAAUCUGGUAAGACCAAGCUUUCCCCCAACAUCAGUCAAAUGACCUCCUCCCAAGAGCACAAUCAAGUAACUCAUUCCCCUGGCCUCAGCCAGGAAGCUCUCUCUCCAAACGCUACUGAAACAACCCAUCUUUCAAAUAUCGGGCAAACAUCAUAUCCUUCAGACCUUAAUCAGACAUCCUACCCAUCUGAGUCUAAUCAGUUAUUGACUCUUUCAGAAUUUAAUCAGACUUCUCCUUAUCCAGACCUUGGUCACAUACCACCAUCUCCUCUCCCAUCUCCUUCACUCAAUGAUACUUUCAUAUCAAAUGAAUUCAAUCCAGUGGUUAUAGUGGGCCUCAGUAGGGAUGAUGAAGAUUACAUUGAGCUUGUUCCACGGCAAGAAGUUCAAAUCCCUGAAGAAGACUAUGCUGAAGUUGAUUAUGUGACCUAUGAUGACCCCUACCAAACUGAUGGGAGGACAGACAUCAACUCCUCAAGAAACCCAGAUGACAUUGCAGCAUGGUACCUCCGCAGCAACAAGGGAAACAGAAAAUACUAUUAUAUUGCUGCUGAAGAAAUAUCCUGGGAUUAUGCAGAAUUUGCACAAAGUGAAAUGGACAACGAAGCCAGUGAUGACGUUAAAAAAGAUACCACGUACAAGAAAGUCGUUUUCCGCAAGUACCUGGAUAGCACCUUUACCAAACGUGACCCUCGGGGAGAAUAUGAGGAGCAUCUCGGCAUUCUGGGCCCUAUCAUUAGAGCCGAGGUGGAUGACGUCAUCCAAGUUCACUUUAAAAAUUUAGCAUCGAGACCCUAUUCUAUUCAUGCUCAUGGACUGUCCUACGAGAAAUCAUCAGAAGGAAGGAGCUAUGACGAUGAUUCUCCUGAGUGGUUUCAGGAUGAUAAUGCCAUCCUGCCCAAUAACAGUUAUACGUAUGUGUGGCAUGCCACGGAUCGGUCAGGGCCAGAGACCUCUGGCUCAGCCUGUCGGGCUUGGGCCUACUACUCAGCUGUGAAUCCGGAAAAAGACAUCCACUCGGGCUUGAUAGGGCCCAUUCUGAUCUGCCGAAAAGGAACACUUCACAUGCAGAGUAACAUGCCUGUGGACAUGAGAGAAUUUGUCUUACUUUUUAUGGUCUUUGAUGAGAAAAAGAGCUGGUACUACGGAAAGUCCAAAAGGACUUGGAGACUUGAAUCUUCAGAAGUAAAAAACUCCCAUGAGUUCCACGCCAUUAAUGGGAUGAUCUACAACUUGCCUGGCCUGAGAAUGUACGAGCAAGAGUGGGUGAGGUUACAUCUGCUGAACAUGGGCGGCUCCCGAGACAUUCAUGUGGUUCACUUUCACGGCCAGACUUUGCUGGAGAACGGCACUCAACAGCAUCAGUUAGGGGUCUGGCCCCUUCUACCCGGUUCAUUUAAAACUCUUGAAAUGAAGGCAUCAAAACCUGGUUGGUGGCUCCUAGAUACAGAGAUUGGAGAAAAUCAAAUAGCAGGGAUGCAGACAGCAUUUCUCAUCAUAGACAAAGAUUGUAAGAUGCCAAUGGGCCUAAGCACCGGUGUUAUAUCUGAUUCACAGAUCAAGGCUUCUGAGCAUCUGGGUUAUUGGGAGCCCAAAUUAGCAAGAUUAAACAAUACUGGAUCAUAUAAUGCCUGGAGUGUAGAAAAUAGCAGAUUAAAAACUGGCUCUAAACCUUGGAUCCAGGUGGACAUGCAAAAAGAAGUCAUUGUCACAGGGAUCCAGACCCAGGGUGCCAAACAUUACCUCAAGUCUUUGUACACCACCGAGUUCUAUGUGGCUUAUAGCUCUGACCGUAGCAGCUGGCAGAUCUUCAAAGGAAACAGCACGCAGAAUGUGAUGUAUUUUGAUGGUAAUUCAGAUGCCUCUACAAUAAAAGAGAAUGAGUUUGACCCACCUAUUGUGGCUAGAUAUAUUAGGAUAACUCCAACAGGAUUCUAUAACAGACCUACCCUUCGACUCGAGCUGCAAGGCUGUGAGGUUAAUGGAUGCUCCACACCGCUGGGUAUGGAGAAUGGAAAGAUAGAAAACAAACAAAUCACAGCCUCCUCAUUUAAAAAAUCGUGGUGGGGAGAUUACUGGGAACCUUCCCGUGCCCGCCUUAAUGCCCAGGGCCGAGUGAAUGCCUGGCAAGCCAAGGCAAACAACAACCAACAGUGGUUACAAGUUGAUCUGCUCAAAAUCAAGAAGGUAACUGGGAUUGUAACACAGGGCUGCAAGUCUCUGUCCUCUGAAAUGUAUGUGAAGAGCUACACCAUUUACUACAGUGACCAGGGCGUGGAAUGGAAAUCUUACAGGGAGAAAUCCUUCAUGGUGGACAAGGUCUUUGAAGGAAAUAGCAAUGUCAACGGACACAUGAAGAACUUUUUCAAUCCACCAAUCAUUGCCAGGUUUAUCCGCAUCAUUCCUAAAACAUGGAACCAGAGUAUUGCACUUCGCCUGGAACUAUAUGGCUGUGAUAUUUACUAAAACUGAAUAUUCAAAAAAAAACAGAAGAGACUUUUUAAGACCUCAAAAUAUCUAGGGUGAGCUGUGUAUUUUGUGGUUAUUUUAGAUGUUAAAAUUUUUCUAUUUUUUCUAUUAGAAAAUAAAAUUUUAUAUAAGAAACUUUUAUAAUGUAACUCACUGCUGCCAUUAAGUGAGAUGGUGGUUUUCAUUUCUACGUUAAUUUGAAUAUUAGAUGAGAAAUAUCAAGAAGCAAUAAAAUGGCUUAUUUUUGCAAUGAUUAAAAUGCUAUAUAAAAUAAUAUUCAUCUAAUAUGGUUCAUUAUAUUUUUUAAAAUCCUGUUCACAUUAAUAAAAGAGGCAUUACUUUUGCAAACCA